AUGGAGACCUCGUUCUUAUCCAUGUGCUUCUGUCUUGCUAUAAUCUUCCAUCAAGCCGCGGCUAUUAGCAAAGAGGCAUCCGUUUCGACCAUUCUGAGUCUUGGUCGGAAGGAGAAGCGCGAGUUUUCUGGAAUCGUUCAUCGAGAUCGAAAGUUCUCGCGAACUCCGCCACUCGGAUGGAACAGCUGGAACCACUUCCAGUGCAAUGUUAAUGAAGACAUUGUGAAAGCUGCAGCGGACAAGCUCGUGUCAUCUGGGCUUGCAGCCCUUGGAUACGACUAUGUCAAUAUAGAUGAUUGCUGGCAGGCUGACUCCCGUGAUUCAGAGGGUCGCCUGGCGCCCUCUCCUCGCUUCUUCCCGUCGGGCAUCAAGGCAAUUGCGGACUAUGUGCACAGCAAGGGGCUCAAGCUGGGUAUCUACUCCGACUCUGGGAGGCUCACGUGUGAAGGCAAGCCAGGGUCACUCGGGCAUGAGGCGAUCGACGCCCUCACCUUCGCUGAAUGGGAGGUGGACUAUCUCAAAUACGAUAACUGCUUCAAUGAUGGCACUCCAAACAAAAUUCGCUACACAACCAUGCGCAAUGCGUUGGAGGCCACUGGGAGGGACAUAUUUUUCUCCAUGUGCGAAUGGGGGCAGGACGACCCUUCCCUGUGGGCGUACGACGUGGCAGACUCCUGGCGAACCACGGUUGACAUUGGGGACUCGUGGCGGAGCAUGAUGCGCAUUGCAGACAAGAACAACAAGUGGGCCAAAUACGCCAAGCCAGGCGGGUGGAACGACCCGGACAUGCUGCAGGUGGGGAAUGGCGGCAUGAGGCAGUCAGAGUAUCGUGUGCACUUCAGCCUCUGGGCCAUCAUGAAGCCUCUGGGCCAUCAUGAAGCCUCUGGGCCAUCAUGA